AAACAUCUCAAAUAAUGUCUUGCAUUUUCUAGAUGAUACGUUCAUUCAUUCCGGUGGCUGUACGUCGAUUACAAGUUCGAACACUAGCAUCGGGUCAAGACGGUGUGCCAGGUAAAGACAAUCUGCCAGUGGUUCGUCUUCAUGACGCUAAGCGGAAGGAAGUUGACGAGAUUCUCCAACCUAGUGUUCCGAAGGUUCCUGUUCCGGUAGUGAAUGACGAGGCGGCAGAUAUUGGCGGUAGGCCUCCGGAGCAUACCGAAGAGCGAACAGUGUUAAUAUAUCGAGCUGCCCGUGAAUCAACUCAGGCGGCAUGGAAUAACACUAAAGCUUGGCAUAUCGAGGUAGAUAAUCGUCAACGUUGGGAGAAUCCGUUGAUAGGAUGGGCCAGCAGUGGAGAUCCAUUGUCGAAUAUAGCGAUGUCGCUAAAAUUCGCCAGCAAAGAGGAUGCAAUCGAUUUUUGUAAGAAAAAUCGAUGGAACUAUGAGGUUGAGAAAGAGCACAAUCGCGUGAUUUCUCCAAAAAGCUAUGGUUGGAACUUUGCAUGGAACAAGAGAACACGUGUCAGCACCAAGUAGAGCUACUAGAGUAGGAGGACUUCUGUAAAUCAAUGUGCAUUCGACUCGUAUCGUAGAGAGAUAAAGAUUAAUUGCUGGUG